GGAAGAAGUACACAAAAGGCCGUGGCCAACAGCAUGUAGCCGCGGCGGAUUCACGCAACAUCAACAAACAGUUUUAAAUUGAGCCGCUUCGAGCCGUUUCCUACGAGUUGCGCGUAUUUUUUUUUAAAGAAGCUGACAGAGAGACGAUUCCUCACCGGAGAUGGGAGUCCCGGCGUUUUUCCGUUGGCUUAGCCGAAAGUAUGCGUCAAUCAUUGUGCACUGCGUGGAGGAGAAGGGGAAACAGUGUAACGGAGUCCGUAUUCCUGUGGACACGACCAAGCCGAACCCCAACGACGUGGAGUUUGACAACUUGUACUUGGACAUGAACGGGAUCAUUCACCCGUGUACACAUCCGGAGGACAAACCUGCUCCCAAAAACGAAGACGAGAUGAUGGUCGCCAUCUUUGAGUACAUCGACCGCCUGUUCAACAUCGUGCGGCCCAGGAGGGUUUUGUACAUGGCCAUCGACGGAGUGGCUCCGCGCGCCAAAAUGAACCAGCAGCGCUCUCGUCGGUUCCGUGCCUCCAAAGAGGGCGUGGAGCUGACAGAGGAGAAGCAGCGCAUGAGGGAGGAGGUCAUCCAGAGAGGCGGUUAUCUUCCUCCAGAGGAGAUUAAGGAGAGAUUUGACAGCAACUGCAUCACUCCAGGAACAGAGUUCAUGGACAACCUGGCACAAUGUCUUCGAUACUACGUCGCAGAAAGACUCAGCAACGAUCCGGGAUGGAAGAACGUCACCGUUUUGUUGUCUGACGCGAGUGUUCCCGGUGAAGGUGAACACAAGAUCAUGGACUACAUCCGGAGACAGAGAGCUCAACCCAACCACGACCCGAACACACACCACUGCCUGUGUGGAGCCGACGCCGACCUGAUCAUGCUUGGCCUUGCGACUCACGAGCCGAACUUCACCAUCAUCAGGGAGGAGUUCAAGCCCAACAAGCCCCGACCCUGCGCGCUCUGCAACCAGAUGGGCCACGAGAUCAAAGACUGUCAGGGGACGGCCCGAGAGAAACAGGGACAACAUGACGAAUUCGCAGACACGAUGCCGACGUCUGAGCAGGAGUUCAUCUUCAUCCGACUGUGUGUGCUGCGGGAGUACUUGGCCAGAGAGCUCACCAUGGCCAGUCUGCCGUUUCCCUUCGACUUCGAGAGGAGCGUUGACGACUGGGUCUUCAUGUGCUUCUUCGUCGGGAACGACUUCCUCCCUCACCUGCCGUCUUUGGAGAUCAGAGAGGGAGCCAUCGACCGUCUAGUCAACAUCUACAAAGACGUCGUGCACAAAACCGGAGGCUACCUGACAGAGAACGGCUACGUCAACCUGGAGCGGGUGGAGUUGAUCAUGCAGGCCGUGGGCGUGGCCGAGGACAACAUCUUCAAGAAGCGUAAAGAGGACGAUGAAGGCUUCAAGAGGAGGAUGAAAGAGAAACGAAAGAGGAUGAAGGCAGAGAAGCAGCGAGGCCCCGCCUACCUGACCGGCGGGCAGUUCGCCCCGCAGGCCCUGGGUCGACGGGACCGACCCGAGCCCGUCCAGAACGCUCGGCACCAGGCCUUCGACAUGCGGAUGCAGGGCAACAAGGACGCGGCUCAGUCUCUGAAGGCCACGAUGAAAAACGGAGGCAACUCGUCUGCAGGACCCAGCGACGGUGCUGACGGUCGGGGCGUGAAGAGGAAAGCCGAGGACAGCGACAGCGAGCCGGAGCCCGAAGACGUCGUCAGGCUGUGGGAGGACGGCUGGAAGCAGAGAUACUACAAGACCAAGUUCGACGUGGAUGUGUCAGACGAAGACUUCAGGAGGAAGGUGGUGAAGUCGUACGUGGAGGGUCUGUGCUGGGUGCUGCGCUACUACUACCAGGGCUGUGCCUCCUGGAAGUGGUACUUCCCGUUCCACUACGCUCCUUUCGCCUCUGACUUUAAAGAUAUUAAGGAAAUGUUCACCGACUUCGAGACAGACACCAAACCGUUCAAGCCCCUGGAGCAGCUGAUGGGAGUGUUUCCUGCCGCCAGCGGCAACUUCCUGCCUCCAACAUGGAGGAACCUCAUGUCCAGUCCAGAAUCUUCUAUCAUCGACUUCUACCCCGACGACUUCGCCAUCGACCUCAACGGCAAGAAGUACGCCUGGCAAGGUGUGGCCUUGUUGCCGUUUGUGGAUGAGCGUCGGUUGCGGGCGGCUCUGUCAGACGUCUACCCGGAACUCUCGCCCGAGGAAGAGAAAAGAAACAGUCUGGGAAGCGACGUCCUGUUCCUCAGUAGAUCUCACCCGCUCUUCGACUUCAUCCACGAACUUUACCGCACAGAAUCUCACGAGGACACAGACAUCCCGGCCGAGCUCUGCCAUGGAAUCCUCGGGACAUUAAAUCUGGAUGACAACCCAAUUCUACCAGACAAAUCGGUGCCAUCGCCCAUCCCGGUGCUGAGGGACAUUUCACAGAACAGUGCGAUCGGAGUGAAGUUCAGGGAUCCACAGUUUGCAGAUGGUUUUGUGUUCAAGGCUGUUCUGCUGUCUGGAGCCAAGAUGCCCAACAAGGUGCUGAAACCAGGCGACUGGGAGAAGGGGAACCGGGAGCCCUGGAGGCCUCAGCUGGGCUUCAACCCCAACAGGCACCAGGCUCAUCUGGACCAGUCCGGCUUCAGGGCCCUGGGUCACAGUAUGAACAGGAACCAACAUGGCGGAGGACAGUACAGCAGCGCACCGCCGCCCAACAGCUACCAGAGAGGAAACUACCGUUCUCCACACGGCAGCGGCCACCAGCCGUUCCAACAUUCCAGGCAGAACAGUUUGUUGGGAACGCCGCCCUCCUUCCAGCAGCAGCAGCAGUAUCCCAGGCAGCAGCAGCAGUACGGAGGAGGAGGAGGGGGAGGGGGGGGUCACGGCUGGGAUCGGGCCAUGCAGUCGCAGCAGUCGUCGUACCAGCAGAACGCCAACCGUGGGCGGGGCGGAGGUGGAGGCGGCGGCGGCUACCAGCAGCGCUACGACCAGCGCAGAGACGACUGGCAGGAUCGCCGGGACGAUCGCCGGGACAACCGGGGGCAACAGCAUCAGGGCCGAGGCUCCUUCCCCCCUCCUCCUCCCCCUCCCCCCUCCAGGAGAUACGAGUGGAACUAGAACUCUGACACGACGACGGACUGUAAAGGGGGGGGGGGGGCAACAUUUUUAAAAGGAGAAACACGUCGUCAUCAUUUUUUUUUUCACUUUAUUGUCUUGUACAAUUGUAAUUCUCUUUUUUCCCUUUCUUUUUAUCCUUUACUUUCAAAGAGAACUUUGUCGUGUAAAUGUGAUUUUUAAGAUAAACUGUAACACUCGCGAGUCGAGGACAAAGUGUCCGGUCGCGUUUCUUCUUUUUGAGAGGAAGUCUCCAAAAACGGUCGUCGUGAUUUACAGCACGAGACGAAGAAGAGGAAAGAUGUCGCUCAAUGUUGGAAUCAUAUUUGUCUAUGUCUCUGGGAAAAUAAACUUGUUUGGUUUCCAAUGAA